GGCGGAUAUUUUCAAAAUGGAAGAAAUGGCAAAGUUUUGGAGGGGAACGCAACAAAAACAAUCCUUCGCCCUCUGAGGGCUCCCGCACCGACCACUGCGGGUCGAGGAGCAGUAUUACACUCCCGCAUGAAUCUGCGCGCAGAAAAACAGACACCAUGAGUGUUUCUAUCGGAGAUAAAAUCGAGGACUUUAAGGUCCUCACACUCCUUGGCAAAGGCUCCUUUGCAUGUGUUUAUCGUGCGAAAUCAGUGAAAACUGGUUUGGAGGUUGCGAUCAAAACGAUUGACAAGAAAGCAAUGCACAAAGCUGGCAUGGUCCAGCGAGUGACAAACGAGGUGGAGAUUCACUGCCGAUUGAAACAUCCCUCAAUUCUCGAGCUGUACAACUACUUUGAGGACAGCAACUAUGUGUACUUGGUGUUGGAGAUGUGCCACAUCGGAGAGAUGACUCGGUACCUCAAAGAGCGGAAGAUAUCGUUCUCUGAGGAUGAAGCGAGACAUUUCAUGCAUCAGAUAGUGAAAGGAAUGCUGUAUCUACAUACUCACGGCAUCCUGCACCGAGAUCUGACCUUGUCCAACCUUUUGCUGACCAGCAACAUGAACAUUAAGAUCGGCGACUUUGGCUUGGCGACGCAGCUCAAACUCCCGAAUGAAAAGCACUUCACCAUGUGUGGAACGCCCAACUACAUCUCCCCAGAGGUGGCCACUCGCAGCGCUCAUGGCCUGGAAUCGGAUGUGUGGUCCCUGGGGUGCAUGUUCUACGCCUUCCUGAUGGGGCGCCCUCCAUUUGACACGGACACAGUCAAGCACACCCUGUCCAAAGUGGUUCUUGGGGAAUAUGAGAUGCCGACUCAUGUCUCUUUAGAGGCUCAGGACCUGAUCCAUCAGCUGCUUCAGAGGGACCCCGCCCACAGGCCCAGUCUUUCCGCAGUGCUCGACCACCCGUUCAUGACCCAGAGCCUGCUGGUCAGGACCAAGGACCUGGUGUUGGCGGACGACGGAUCCAUGGACAGUGGCAUCGCCACCAUCUCCACAGCGUGUACGUCCUCCACUUCAGCCAGCAGCGGCAGCCGCCUCCAGAGGAGAGCCAGGCACGUGAUUGGCCCCGCCCUCCCUAAUCGCAUGACGCCCAUCCCAGGUCUUCAACGCCAGCCUGCCAGUGCCUGUUAUGAGGAUGGAGAUCAGUGGCAAAUGCAAGACAGGUUUCACAGAGAGGGUAGGAGCCGGGCAGCUCAUGGCGGAGAGACCGCGCAGCCCAAUUCCCGAUACCUGAGGAGAGCUCACUCUUCAGAACGCUCUGGUUCCUGUGCGUUGGGACACGGGUCGGGUCACGAGCUGGGCAGGUGUCACUCAGAAGACGCACUGACUGGUGUAGGAAGACCAGUCUUCUCCAUGCCCUCCACUCAACACCCGUUUUCAGAACAUGGAAGGCUCCCGUCUCCUCCUGUCAAACAGUCAGUGUUUGAUUCUGGGUAUUCAAACCUCCAAUUUCAAAACCUGGAGGGAGUCACUAACUGGCUGAAUAAUGACGGGUCAGGACACAGAGCAGCAGACAGUAGCACACACAGCAGCUGUAGCAGCAGCAGAGGACCUUUAGGGGUCCACAACUCCUGGACGGAGAAGCCCGCGGGCCGCGGCGUGCCACAACACAACCAGCACCACCAGUUUCCCUCCAACGCCGACUCGUACAGGGAGAACAAAGCCGGAGCGGAUUUCCAGCCUCCUCACGGCAGAGAGUUCAAGCUUCCCUCAGGCACCGAAAAGGAGAAGAAAAGCCUGAAAGACGUGAUUCCACCUCUGUGUGCAACCAGACUGAAGUCAAUUAGACAAAAGACCAAAAACGCCGUUGUGAGCAUCUUGGACACAGGCGAGGUUUGCAUGGAGUUGUUAAAAUGCAUCAGUGGCCAAGAGAGAGUCAAAGAAGUGCUUCGGAUUUCAUGUGAUGGUUCAUUGGUGACGAUAUAUCAGCCUAACAAUGGAAAGGGUUUCCCCGUCCUGGACUGUCCUCCUGCUCCUCCAGAGGACAUUCUCAUUUGCAGCUAUGAGGAUCUUCCAGAAAAAUACUGGAAGAAAUACCAAUAUGCCUCCAAGUUUGUGCAGCUCGUGAAGUCCAAGACUCCAAAAGUGACCCUUUACACCAAGUAUGCCAAGGUCAUGCUCAUGGAGAACUCUCCCAACGCAGACCUGGAGGUUUGCUUUUAUGACGGAGCAAAGACCCACAAGACGUCGGAGCUGGUGCGAGUGGUGGAGAAGAGCGGGAAGUCGUACACGGUGAAAGGGGAGGCGGGGCUCAGCGGCCUGAGCCCGGAGAGCCGGCAGUACGUGGAGCUGUCUGAUGAGGGCCACAGCAUGUGUCUGUCACUAGAGGUCGCCAUCGCAGCAGAGGAGCAGCGGAGCACCAAGAACGUCCCAUUCUUCCCCAUCACCAUUGGCAGGCGACCCACAAACCCCGACUCCCCGUGCUUGUCGUCCCUGCCGCCGCACCCAGCGACUGCUGAUGCGGCUUCACCUCCUCGUCCUCCACAGAUCACUCCUUCAAUGAUCUCCUACGAUGGCUCCGAUUUCACCACCGCCAGUUUGAGUAAGAAAAGUUCCCCGCUACGACAGGACCUGGUACAAAGCGCGGGGAAAGUGGUGAAGUCGAUAUUUGUGCCCAACGUCGGAUGGGCGUCACAGCUAACCAGCGGGGAGGUGUGGGUGCAGUUCAACGACGGCUCUCAGCUGGUGGUCCAGGCGGGGGUUUCGUGCAUCACCUACACAUCUCCUGAGGGAAGAAUCACCAGGUAUAAAGAGAAUGAGAAGUUGCCGGAGCAUGUGAAGGAGAAGCUCCACUGUCUCUCGACCAUCCUCGGACUGUUGGCGAACCCGACAGCGCAUCACAGACAACUUCGCUAACAUUGUGUGGACAUUUAAAGAAAAAAAAAAAAAUCCCAGCAGAGAACUGAAAAUAGCAUUAGAAACUGUCGUCUUUUGUCUGGCGUCCUUGUAAAUAUCUGCAUGUCUUUUUCUUUUUUUUUACUUGUACAGAAGACUAUGAAGAUUAUGAAUAUAUAUUUUUAUUUUAAUAAGAAACCAUUUUGUAUACAAUCAAUUGGCCUACUUGAAAAUGUUUAUGUGCGUCUGUGUUUUUUGGUGACUCCACUUCUAUGAAAUGUCUCAUUCAUGAAUGCUCAAGCAAUAAACCUCUAGUGGCUGGGUGAAGAA